UAAUAUAAAAAUAAAUAUUUAUAUCAAGGGAUAAAAAUUAAAUAACAGCAUAAAAUAAAACAGAAAAAACAAAUGACCUGUUUAAAGCACAUCCGGACUUGUUCAACUUCCCCUCAUUGCUCUCGCAGUCUUUCUCAGAUACCAUAAAUUCCUAAUUCCUUCAAGAAAAACAAAAGAGUAAAAAAUAAAAAAAAAUAAAAAAAAUGGACGUCGGUGGCGGAGCAGUCGCCGGCGACGGUGCCUCUUCUACUUCCUCCGCCGUGUCUCAGUGGACCUUCACCUUAUCACAGCGAUUUCAACACCUUUUGGAUAAAUCGACACCUCACGUCCUUUAUCGGUGGAUCUUCUUCGCUACGAUCGCUUUCAUCUUUGCUAUUCGUGUGUUCAUGGUUCAAGGUUUCUACAUCAUCACAUAUGCCCUAGGAAUCUACAUAAUCCAGCUCCUUAUUGCUUUCCUUUCCCCUCAAGUCGAUCCGGAAGUUGACGGUCCUACCCUUCCCACUCGCGGAUCCGAUGAGUUUCGCCCUUUCGUUCGUCGCCUUCCUGAAUUUAAAUUCUGGUACUCACUAUCAAAAGCAGUCUGCAUUGCUUUUGUGUUGACAUUCUUCAGUGCCUUUGAUGUGCCUGUAUUUUGGCCAAUUUUGUUAUUCUAUUGGUUGGUACUGUUUGUUUCAACGAUGAAGAGGCAAAUAAUGCACAUGGUCAAAUAUAAAUAUGUGCCCUUCACAUUUGGCAAGCAGCGUUACGGGAAGAAAGCGCCAUCAACUGAUGAGAGAAGUGUUUCCAAACCUUGAGGUUCAAAGCAGAUUGAGCUUUUUAUGGUGGGGAAUGAAUUUGUUUUAGAUACAAAUUCGCCUAGAUGGCUGUAUUUUUCACCGGAUGGGUUUCUGAGCUUGGGUUAUGUCAUUGAAUAUAUGAUUAUUAAUGAAUUCUUAGAUUAUAAAACUUAGUUCUCCUAGAAGCUGCCACGCAUCUUGAUUCUUUCGUUUAUCUGUAAGCUAGCCUCUGGAUGUCAAUAUUCAUUUUCUGAGCUCAUUCUUGAACCGCUCUUAUUCAAUUCAACCUUAGUAGUUUCUAACA